CAAAAUGUUGUUAUCGAAUGUUUGAAUGUGCGUACGAAAUCACGUACUAUUCUUGCUCAAAAUGGUGUGAAAAUGAGUUGGAAAAUGGCCGAUCUGUAGCGGAAACGAAAGAAAGCGCUUCGAUCUUGUAAUUGUAAGGAAACAACGAUGUCGGACAAGGUUAAAGUCGCCGUUCGUGUUCGUCCUUUGAACGGGAGAGAAAUUGACUUGGCUACAAGUGUUGUUGUCGAUAUGGAUGAAACACAAACGUGGAUCACUCAUCCAUCUGGAAAAGACAGGAAGGAAAAUAUAAAGACUUUUACGUACGAUCAUUGCUUUUGGUCAAUGGAUGAAAAUAAUAAGAAAUUUGCAAAUCAAGAAAAGGUUUAUAGAUGCUUGGGAACAGAUGUCCUAACUAAUGCUUUCAAAGGCUAUAACGCUUGUAUAUUUGCCUAUGGUCAAACAGGGUCAGGGAAAUCGUACACAAUGAUGGGAAGUUCAUCUCAGACUGGAAUCAUCCCAAGACUAUGUGACGACCUCUUUGAAAGAAUUUCAAAUAAUGAAGAUGAUAAUAUCUCCUUCAAAGUAGAAGUAUCCUAUAUCGAAAUCUAUAACGAAAAAGUGCGAGAUUUGCUCAAUCCGAGAGGUGGAAAACAGACGCUGAAAGUUCGCGAACAUAAAGUUACCGGGCCCUAUGUUGACGGUUUAACCAAACUUGUUGUGUCUUCGUUUCAGGAUAUCGAUUCUCUAAUGAUUGAAGGAAACAAAUCGAGGACUGUCGCUGCAACUAACAUGAACUCUGAGAGCAGUCGAUCACAUGCAGUAUUCAAUAUUGUGCUCACUCAGGCAGAAUUUGAUGAAGAGACCCAGGCGACGGGAGAAAAAGCGAGUAAGCUGAGUCUUGUGGAUUUGGCUGGUAGUGAGCGCGCGAGUAAGACUGGAACGACAGGAGACAGACUGAGGGAAGGAAGUAAUAUCAACAAGUCUCUUCAUACACUGGGGUUGGUUAUAUCAGCCUUGGCAGAUCAGGCUCCAGGAAAGGCAAAGAAGUCGUUUUUCGUUCCGUACCGUGACUCGGUAUUGACUUGGCUUCUAAAGGAUAAUCUUGGGGGUAAUAGCAAGACUGUUAUGGUUGCAACUAUCAGCCCAGCGGCAGAUAACUAUGAAGAAACGAUGUCCACAUUAAGAUAUGCUGAUCGAGCGAAGAGAAUUGUCAACCAUGCCGUUGUCAACGAAGAUCCAAACGCAAAGAUCAUCCGUGAACUUCGGGAGGAGGUGGAACGUUUAAAACAAAUCCUGAAGAUUAAAGGUUUCUCGGAUUCCAAAGACGAGAUCAAAGAAAAGUUGACGGAAAGCGAAAAUUUGAUGGAAGAAUUUACAAUGUCUUGGGAGGAGAAAGAAAAGAAUUCUGAAAAGAUAAAACAGGAACGACAAAAGGCUCUUGAGGAGAUGGGAAUAUCCAUUCAAUCCUCUGGCAUUGCUGUUGAAAAGAGUAAAUUUUAUCUUGUCAAUUUAAACGCUGAUCCUUCACUCAAUGAGCUGCUUGUUUACUACCUCAAGGAACACACUGUUGUUGGCAGACACGAUGCAGUUCAUCACACAGACAUUCAACUGCAAGGUCUUGGCAUAUUGCCUGAGCAUUGCACUCUAGAGAUAAUAGAUAACGAAGUCUUCGUGACGCCAAUGCCAAAUGCAAGGACAUGUCGUAAUGGCGUGGUAAUCACCGAGAAGGCUGUGCUCCAUCACGGAGAUCGUAUUUUAUGGGGCAACAAUCAUUUCUUCAGAAUAAAUUGCCCUCGUCCACCAGGCGCAGUAAACGAGCCAGAACAACUAGUUGACUACGAAUUCGCUCAAAGGGAAAUUUGUAUGAAUGAUCGAUCCUCAGAUAUAAGUGAUGAUGCGUUGGCAGUUCUUGAGGAAAAACACAAGAUAGAUAAAGAAGAGGCGCUGGUAAAACAACGUCAAAUGUACGAAGAAAAGAUCGAACGAAUGCGAUAUGAAAUGAGCCCAGCAUUUCGCCCGGAGAGGACGGUCAGCCUGGGGUCUUUUAGCUCAUCCGGGAUUAGUUCCUCCCGGCUCUCUUUCAACGAUGAUCUAGAAAAUUUAGAAAACGAGAGAUCUUUGGAGAAGUUGAAAGAGGAAGUUAUACAUGCGAAUGCUUUAGUGAGAGAAGCAAAUCAGCUGAGCGAGGAAAUGAAGAGAGAUACGGAAUUCGCGGUGACGUUGCAGAUUCCCACAUCAGGUCUGAGUUUGAACAGAACUCGCGCGGCCUGCGCCAGCGAAGUUGCUAUCGUGGUGAAACGCAAGAACAAGGGAACUCAGUUCUGGUCUCUUGAUAAGCUUUCUAAUAAAAUAUAUGACAUGAGAGACGCAUACAAUCAGCUCGAAGAAGGGAACCCCACAAAGGUUGAUGAAGAUGAUGAUCUGUUCUUCGAGGUGGAGUGCCAUACCUUGAUUGGUGUUGCUAAUGUUUAUCUGGAGUGUAUCUUUCUUGAUGUUCCUCUUGAUUACGCCGCGCCAAUAAUCAGUCAACAGGGAGAGGUGUGUGGACGACUAAAGGUUCAGAUCACUCGUGCCAUAGAGGAUGGCGGAAAGGAGGCUGACGCAGGUUCAUUAAGCGAUGACGAAACCCCGGAUUUAAUGGUAAACAAUGAACCAGAGGAACAGUUAGGAGUUUCUGAUCACGAUGAAGAAAUCUCAGUUGGACAGACAAUUGCUGUGAAGGUGAAGAUUAUCGAAGCAUUUGACCUCCCUCUGGCGUAUUGUAAUUACGUGUUUUGUCAAUAUCAAUUCUGGGAUCACUCCAAUGUCGCUCAGCUCUCUUCACCAGGCUCCAAAAGUAACUCAGUCGUUUUCUCCGAGGAACAGGUAUUUCAAUUUGAAGCGACUGAGGAGUUCCUCGAGUAUAUAUCAGACGGCGCGUUGUCCAUUGAGAUCUAUGGAAACCGCAGCAAAGGAUUUGGUCAGACAUCAUGGACGCCAAACAUUGAACCAAUUGCAACGAAUUCUGAAGACGGAUGGAACGACCUGAAACGCAAAGUUGACCUCUGGACUGAGAUCCACGAGCUGAACGACCAAGGUGUAUUCUCUCCUGUGGAGGUCAACAGUCGCAACGACAAUGCAACUGGAGGUAUAUUCCAGUUACGUCAGGGUCAAAGUCGGCGGAUUGUCGUCGGUGUACGACCGCUUCCGAAGAGUGGUUCGUUACCGGUCGUAAUCGAAACGAUCUCCGCCAUUGAAGUCGGAAGCGUGUGCAGACGUGAUAAGAAUGAGGAGGCGUUAGAUUCAUACCAAGACAUAGAUCUUUCAAUAUUGCGAGAAAAGUUAUCAAACUCGUUGAUGAAGAAACGGGAAUAUCUUGAUGAACAGAUUCAGCUGGUUACGGAAAAGAAAGAAAAAUCGGAUGAAGACAAGGAGCGAGAAAGCUGGUUGAUUGACCAAUGGGUGAAUUUAACAGAAGAAAAAAAUUUCUUACUCCAUCCACAGCCAGGGAGUAAUGUUCCUGGGUCGCCUUCAAACAGAAGAUCUACUCUUGGAUUGGAAAAGCUUGUUCCAGUUAUAUUUCUUGAUUUAAAUGCUGAAGGAAUUCACAAUUCGUCAGUAGAUGAAAUGGGUGUUGCAGGACUAGAAACCAGUCUUCCUCUCGAAAAAGACGAUAAAAUGAAAGAACUUCCCACAAUUAAAUACGACCAAAAGAAUGUUUGUAUCACCGUCUCGUGGGACUCUUCAGUUCACGACUCGCCUUACCUCAAUCGAGCGACUUCGAGCUCAGAGCGAGUAUACUUAAUAAUCAAGGCGCAUGUUCGUCUGAGUAGUCCGCUGACAAUGGAUCUCGUAUUACGUAAGAGGAUAUGCGUGCGCAUUUACAAACGACAAAGUUUGAAAGAUAGUUUAAUGAGAAAAAUUUGGAAGGAUAACAAAACCCGUUGCUGUGUUACAUAUGAACUGGUCUCUCACAUACCAAGACAACCAGGCGAGGAGACUGAGGAGAGAGGCAAUCUCGCUGAACGAGCAGCGGCUGCUGUCAGUAAAAACGACGAAGAACAUGAGAUAGUCUUGGAAAAAUAUCAUCGUGGAAUUUCCCAUGUGGAGGGAUUACUAAAAUUGGAUAAGUUACGACAGGAAGUUGUGGUGAAGGAAAAACUUGCAGCAAGUGGAAAACCUUUGAGGAAAUUUGCCAGCACGCCAAACUUACUACAAGGCAGUUUUGACCUGUCAUCCAUUGGAUCCAAAAACGACUCGUUGGAUGUCGACUUCGGUCAAGUUUCAAUGAAGAGGGGCUCGCCUGGCCCGCCAAUGCGUCACGUGGCCGUAUCAUUUGACGAUUGGGACAAUCCAAAUUCCCUGGACACUAAUCUUCUGACACCGACACAUGGGUCCAGUACUCCGAACAGCACGCUCGAAACGGUCUUGGAACAGAGUGCGCCUUCUUCACCGCAACCUGUUGUCAUGGUAACAGAGACGAGUUUUCCGUAUACGCCUGAGAGGACUGGUCCUAGUGUCGCGCGAUCUUUGGAGAACGAAUUUAAAGAUGAGAAACCAGCUCAACUCGUUCAGGAUGCAAAAGAGCCGUUGAUUGCAAUCUAUGACGACGAAAACAAACCUUUAAACGACCCUUUAGGAAAUAUACCGGUUUCAAGUAAACUCGUGGAGGUGCCGAUUGACUUUGAGAUUUCCAGUGAAAAGAACACGGGUCGCAAUGAGCCAAUGACGAGCCAAGCAAAUGGGAAAUUUGAAAAUGAUUUAACUGCACAGUUAAACUUAUUAGAAUUUGAAGAUGGACCGAAUUUAGUACAUAACUCUGUAGCUGUGAGUCUUUCUGAUGGGUCAACGACCGAAAAUAACCACCGAGCAGUCGUCGGAGGGUGGUCGUCGCACCUUUUGGACGAUGGGAAUUCAUUAUCGAAUUCUGUUGACUCUGGCCUGCAUGAAAGUACUGACCAGCUAUUGGACACACCCCCGAGAGUUGGGUGGAGAAGUUGUGGAUAAUAGUGGAUCUGCGGAACAGAGCGGUACACGAAAGGACUCGGAGUGUGAAUUCAAGAUAGGGCAAGUUAUUAGUGUAGGUGACUCUAAAAAGGGAACAAUACGAUAUAUUGGUACAACUGAGUUUGCAUCUGGGGACUGGAUUGGAGUUGAAUUUGAUCUACCAGUUGG